GUUUCCGGGCGGGGGAGCCGGGAUGUGCGUCCGGGUUGGGUCGGCCCCAGCGAGCGGUUUCCUCUCGUCUCCCUUCCUCCGCCGCCUCCUCCCUCCCUCCAUCCUUCCCUUCCUCGCUGUCUCCGAGGCGGAGCCGCCGCCGCUCCAGGAGUCGGAUUGAUAGAUUGGUGAAUAAGACAGAGAGGCACCUGAGCUGCAGAGAUGUUGGAAGAGGACAUGGAGGUGGCCAUCAAGGUGGUAGUGGUAGGAAAUGGAGCUGUUGGGAAGUCCAGUAUGAUUCAGCGAUACUGCAAGGGGAUCUUUACAAAGGACUACAAGAAAACUAUUGGUGUAGAUUUCCUGGAAAGACAAAUCCAAGUUAAUGAUGAAGAUGUCAGGCUAAUGUUAUGGGACACUGCAGGUCAAGAGGAAUUUGAUGCAAUAACUAAGGCCUACUACAGAGGAGCCCAGGCCUGUGUUCUCGUGUUUUCUACAACUGACAGAGAGUCCUUCAAAGCAAUCCCUACCUGGAAGGAAAAAGUGAUGACUGAAGUUGGAGACAUUCCCACAGUUCUUGUGCAGAAUAAGAUUGAUCUUCUGGAUGACUCUUGUAUAAAGAACGAAGAGGCAGAAGCACUGGCAAAAAAGCUAAAGUUAAGGUUCUACCGAGCUUCUGUGAAGGAGGACCUCAACGUAACCGAAGUUUUUAAGUAUUUGGCUGAUAAAUAUCUUCAAAGGCUCAAGCAGCAAACAGCUGAAGAACCAGAACUAGUACAUACAAGCAGCAACAAGAUUGGUGUUUUCAAUACAGCCAUUGGGAGUCACCCCAACCAGAAUUCUGAUACCCUUAACGGUGGAGAUGUCAUCAACCUCAGACCAAACAAACAGAGAACCAAGAAAAGCAGAAGUCUUUUUAGCAACUGCAGCAUACCUUAGACUGCUUUUGGAGGGAAAAGAGAAGAUUAAACAUGAAUGGGAUCAAGUUGUGCAAUUGAAUGCAAAGUAAAGCUUUAGAGGUAUUUUACCAGUGCUUUAGCGAAUCUUGUGCCUAUGGGAUCCUUGCUUGGUGGAUUUAUCUAAAAUUGCUGAUGCAGUGUUUUUUGGUGUGUAGAGUGAGACACCUGGCGGCAAAGCGCGGAACCGUGGCUGCCCCGUGCACUUUUUUAACAAUUAUUAAGCAAACUUCUCCAUUUUGAAGGAAUUAUUUAUAGAGCUAUGAACUAGGCUUUGCAGAAUUGAGAAGCACCUGUAAAGUAAAGAUAAUACACACACAUAGGUACAGACCGUAACAUUGUGGCCCAAGAUAAACAACUUCAUGUCUAAAUUUCAAAGGAAGUGUCAGCACUGGUUAGCCAGGACACUAAGAAGUUAGCAGAAGAGCAAAGUGAAGACAUCACAUUGUAUGCCUUUCUCUGUUAGCGUGGAUUCUGGUGGUUCUGUCAGUUCGAUAUGCUCCUGUUACAUGUAUGUUUGUGAGGUAUGUAUGUAAAUGUUGGGUAUGAAUACUUUUGCUAAAUUUGGGUGUAUUCAACACGUGGAGGUCAGCUACUGAUGAUGAAAUAGCAUCUUCACAAGAAUUUUUCCUUUUAAAAUGUUACCUUUCAGAUGAGGCUUUCCCAGCUGCUGCUGUGUAUGUUGAACUUGCUAUACUUGGGCCUGAACGCUUAGAUUUAAAAAUACAGUGCCAAAAACGCUCCUUUUUACCUAAUGCUGCAUUGCAGAUGUUCUUGUAAGUUUGGCUUUCCUCAGUCUUAACAGGUUGAUCAAAUAAGUGUUUGACACUAAUAGAUAUCCAGACGGAACAGUCAUAUUCCUGUCCAAGUGUGAUUGCUGUGUCCUGUACCAUCCACGACGAAGGAACUUGCAAGGUGUCACAAAAUACUUAUCUUCUUUGGAGAAAUUUCUUCUAGUCCUGCAAACCAGGUUGCAGAGGAUCCAAAACACACAGCUAAUUACUGAUUUGCAGUAAUGAGACAUUCCUUAACGUUGUUGCUGCUACUUACAGAGAAUCUAAUUCUGUGAGAUCGGAGACGUGGCAAAACAAUUUUCAAAGUACGUAAGUAAUUUUAUAGAACUGAUUUAGACAUUUAGGAGCCCAAAUCAAAAUUAAAGAGAUUUGGGUUUAGGUUCCUAAAUCACUACGGUGCUUUUAAAAAUGCUAAGCAAGAUAUCUCUUAUUUACCAAAAAUAAACACUUCUUAAUCCUCUACAAGAGCAUGCAUGCCUUUUAGAAAUACCCAUUUUGUUUACAUGGUUUUGUAUUGUAUUAUAUAAUUUUAACUUUCUAGGAUUUCUAUAUCAAACCUGCCAGUGACAAAUGCAAAAUAUGCUGCUUGAAAAAAGAAAUCAGAAUUUUAAUAGUUUUUUAAACAGUGUAUGAGAGUGAGAAUGACUCGACUGAUCCUGUAUAUUUUUGGAGGAAGGACUUUUCACUGUGUGAAUUCAUAUAGGAAGCCUGACUUAUUUUAUUUCUAAGUCGAUGAGUAUGAGAACUGCGAUGUACUCUUGUCCCACUGUCCGCAGGGAAAGAAGUGGGUGGCAAGUUGUGCACAAACACUGCAGAUCUCUGAACGCUGUAUUUGAUGUUUACUCUAUUAGACUUUCUACCGAGUACCUUUGUGUCUCUGGCAAGCUGCCACAGCAUCUCCAGUUGCUGGCGAAGGCGGUCCUGCAGGCGCUUGGUACCCUUUGCUGUUGCAGCAAAAUGUGUUCUUCACCUGAAUGUUUCCUGUAUUCUCUCUUGGAUAGAUGCCUUUAUUUUUAAGAAGUGCAUUUAAUCACUGUACGUAUGUAUAAAUGGAGUCAACUCCUACUUGUAACGUUUUAGGUAAGGAACUUAAGGUAUGGAAACAAAAAGACCUAUGAUUGUACAUAAUGGGGCCGUCUUACAACUUCAGGAUGUAGGGUAGAAGGUGUGCAUUAGGAAUUUUGUCAACUGUUUUUAAUAUGGAAACUUUUACGUUUCAUUGUCUGUCUGAGAGUUUAACCAUUAUAUUUGUUUUUCCUGAAAAAGCAUACGAACUCACAAA